CCAGGACGAUGAAGUCGUACCAGAAGCUGACGACGGCCGUGCCACAGCCAGCGGCAUGCCGGGGGGAGGAGGAAGGGGCCGCACCGAUACCCGCCGGCCGUGGGAAGCUGGCCCCGUGGUGGGUGGGCAGCGGGCUGCUCGUGGCCACCGUGCUGCUGAGCACCAUCACUGUCUGGGUGCUGCGGCAAGUAUCAGGGGGCUGGCCCAGACCUGCGCUGCCCCCCAAAUGUCUCCUGGUACCCGAAAGCCACCGCUUUGACUGCUACCCAGAGCGGCACGUGGUGGUGACCCAGGAGCUCUGCGAAAGCCGGGGGUGCUGCUUCAUCGAGAGCCCCCUGCCAGCAGGGGGCAAGCGGGGGGUACCCUGGUGCUUCUACCCCCCUGACUUCCCCAGCUACACCCUGGAGAGCCUCAACCAGACGGCACUGGGCAUGGUGGGGUUGCUGGUGCGGAGGAAGAAGGCCUAUUACCCCCGGGACAUCGAGAUGCUGAGGCUGGACGUGGAGUUUGAGACAGACACGCGGCUGCACAUCAAGAUAACGGAUGUGGCCAGCCCGCGGUAUGAGGUUCCCCUCGAGGUUCCCCGGGUGAUGAAGAGAGCAGAAAACCCCAUCUACAGCCUGGACUUCUCCUGGGACCCCUUUGGGGUGGUGCUGCGGCGCAGGGCGACAGGGACAGUGCUGCUCAACACCACCGUGGCCCCUUUGAUCUUUGCUGACCAGUUUCUGCAGAUAGCCACAUCGCUCCCAUCCAGGUUCCUCUACGGGCUGGGGGAGCACCGUGGCACCCUCCUGCACAGCCUGGACUGGAGCACCCUCACGCUGUGGGCACGCGACGUCUCUCCCACGGAAUCAUUCAACCUCUACGGCGCUCACCCCUUCUACCUGCUGAUGGAGGAGGGUGGAGAUGCUCAUGGGGUUUUCCUCCUCAACAGCAACGCAAUGGAGGUGGCCCUGCAGCCUGCUCCAGGCCUGACCUGGAGGACUAUCGGGGGGGUGCUGGAUUUUUACAUCUUCCUGGGGCCUGAUCCCAACAUGGUCAUCCAGCAGUACCAGCAGGUGAUAGGUUUCCCAGCCAUGCCACCCCUCUGGGCGCUCGGCUUUCACCUCUGCCGCUGGGGCUACGGAUCCAGCAAUGAGACCUGGCAGACCGUGAGAGCCAUGAGGAACUACCAGAUCCCCCAGGAUACACAGUGGAAUGACAUCGAUUACAUGGACGGGUACCGGGAUUUCACCUUCGAUCCAUGGAAAUUCGCCUCCCUCCCCUCGCUGGUGGAAGACCUCCACAAACACGGGCAGCACUACGUUAUGAUCUUGGAUCCCGGCAUCAGCAGCACCAACCCUAAUGGCUCCUACUGGCCUUUCGAUGAAGGCUUGAGACGGGGCUUGUUCCUAAACACCACCCAAGGGCAGCCGCUCAUCGGGCAGGUCUGGCCCGGCUUCACUGCCUUUGCAGACUUCUCCAACCCGGACACGCACCAGUGGUGGCUGGAGAACCUGCAGCGCUUCCAUGCCCAUGUGCCCUUCGACGGCCUCUGGAUCGACAUGAAUGAACCAUCCAACUUCAUGGAUGGGUCUGAAGACGGCUGCCCCCCAGGAGAGCUCGACAGCCCACCAUACACCCCGGCCGUGCUGGGCGAUUCUCUCUCUGCGAAGACGGUGUGUGCCUCGGCGAAGCAGAAAGCCUCAGUACACUACAACCUCCACAACCUCUAUGGGCUGAUGGAAGCCAAAGCCACGGCGAGCGCGUUGAUCAGGAUCCGGGGGAAGCGCCCCUUCGUCAUCUCCCGCUCCACCUUCCCCAGCCAGGGCCGGUACUCGGGGCACUGGCUGGGUGACAACCAGAGCCAGUGGAAGGACAUGUAUUACUCCAUCCCAGGGUUGCUGAGCUUCAGCCUCUUUGGCAUCCCACUGGUUGGGGCGGACAUCUGUGGCUUCUCCGGCAGCACCUCAGAGGAGCUGUGCACCCGCUGGAUGCAGCUCGGCGCCUUCUACCCCUUCGCCCGCAACCACAACACCCAGAACGAGAAGGCCCAGGACCCGACGGUGUUCAGCCCCACGGAAAGUACGGCCAUGAAGGAUGUGUUGCUGACUCGCUACUCCCUCCUGCCCUUCCUCUACACCCUGUUCCACCGUGCUCACCUGCAAGGGGACACCGUCGCCCGGCCCUUGUUCUUUGAGUUCCCCCGGGAUGUGGCCACCUUGGGUCUGGACAGGCAGUUCCUGUGGGGCCGGAGCCUGCUGGUGACGCCGGUGCUGGAGCCUGGGGUGGACUCGGUCACAGGCUACGUCCCCCGAGGCGUGUGGUACGACUUCUACACGGGCUCCUCAGUGAACAGCAGCGGGGAGAUGCUGAAGAUGUCAGCCCCCCUGGAGCACCUCAACCUGCAUGUCCGGGAGGGUUCCAUCCUGCCCACCCAGAAACCAGGGAUCACCAGUGAGGCGACCCGAGGGAAUCCCCUGCACCUCAUCGUGGCCUUGUCCUCGAGUGCCACUGCCUGGGGGGACCUCUUCUGGGACGAUGGUGAGAGCCUGGACACCUUUGAGCGGGGCAGCUACUCCUACCUAGUGUUCAACGUCACGCAGAACAUCUUCACCUCCACCGUGCUCCACGCCAGCACCGAGGCCACCGAGGUCACCAUUGGCACACUGAGCAUCUUUGGGGUGCGGGAGCCACCCAGCAAGGUCCUCCUGAAUGGCCAGGAGAAGCCCUUCUCUUACCUGGACAACCAGGUUCUCACCGUGAGCGACCUCGGCCUCAGCCUCAGCCAGGGCUUCUCUCUGCAGUGGCUGUGAGCGGGGGGAC